AUGGCUACCGUUCCAGCAUGGAAGAAGAUCGGGCUUAAGCUUGAUGAAAGCCGUGAUAAUACAUCAUACUCGGGUGUGGUGCAUUUAGAGAGCGCAAAUGUGGAUAAAAAACUUGCAAAGAAGCUUAAUAAGAAGAGAUCAAGAGAAGAAGACAAGACGAAAGCCACUAAAGAGAAGAAACCACCAAAGAGAGUUAAGCUUCCAAAAGCUGAAAGAAAGCCCCCACCAGAGAAGGAUCAACUUGCAUACUUGCGUCAAUACGCUACUGAUAGAGAGAACUGGAAGUUCAGCAAGCAGAAGCAAAACUGGAUCUUGAAGAACUUAAGCGAGGUUCCCCACGAAUAUGAAGAGAACCUCAUCUCAUAUAUUGAAGGCAUUCAGGGUGGCGCUCGUGAUAGACUCAUUGAGCAGUUGACCGAUGUUGCAAACCAGUGGAAUGAAGUGUGCAAGGCGAUUGAAGAGAAGGUGAACGCUGAGUUGUACGGUAAUGGAGAAGAUGAGGAGAAAAAGGAGUCAGAUGAGAAAAAGGAAGAAGAAAAGACUCCCCUGGUGACACGUGAGACGGCUAUCAGAACCAAGAAGCUACUUCGUGCCCUUACAGAUGACCCGGUUGAGUUUCUCGGUUUAGACGAAGAAGCCACAGAGGCCCAAGACAGCGAGCCUGUCGAGUCUAAGCUGCUGAGUGUACCUGUUGAUUCCGAAAUUGAGCCUAAGCAGAAGCCAUCUAAUGACUCGAAGGAGUACAAGGAGAAUAAGCAGCAACUGAAGAACACUGAUGGUUCUGAGGAGAGCGAUUCUGAGGAGGGGUCAUCCACCAACUCAAGUGCUGACCCUGAGGACAAUUUGAUAAUUGAGCAUGUCGAGGUCAAGGACUACUUUGAGGAUUCCGAUUCGGAAUCCGAGAAGAAGAAGCGCAAGGAACGUUCAAAAUAUAACCCCAAAAACGCGAGGGAGAGAAGAAAACUGAAGAGCUCGGACAAGAAGCCUUAA